AUUCGGAACGGUUGUACAGAUCCUCUGGGGAUGUGUAUUAAUUUUAAACCUCCUUGGUUUUGAGAACCUUGCGCAUGGAUUUAAAUUUGCCAACCCCUUGCCUGAAUGUACAUGUGUAUGGCCAGAAUCGCCUCCAUCCUUUCGGAUUAAGCCAGCUUAAAGCCAGAUUUAAGCCGGACCAAUCCGGAUUCGUGUAGCAUUCAGUACGUGAAGAUCGAUCUAGGGAUGAUGACGUCAUACUCCGGGUACGUGGGGUCACUGUUAUUUUCAUCCUUGGGACCGUGUGCAAAAGCAGCCUGCCGUACUCAGGCGAAAAUACACGUACACGAACAACUAAAAUUAUUCAAAACUUCUGUUCUAACAUAUUUCUUCUAUAAUAGCGUCUCGUCUGUCUUUUAAAAGCUUUCUUUGUUUAAAAUUAAGAUAAUUUAUGAUGGCCGCGUUGGAACCAAUCUAUGCAACCUGGUCGAAGCAGGAGGUGAAAGUGCUGAUGUCCCUGUACGGGAGCCGGGAGAUGCAGAACAAGCUCCGCGACACGUACCGUAACCAGGUGGUUUAUGAAGACCUGGCCGCCUCGCUGGCAGCGCGCGGGUACUACAAGACAGCCGCCCAGUGCAGGAGCAAAAUCAAGAACAUGAAAGCCAAAUAUAGGAGAGCGAAGGCGUAUAAUGAACAUGACAAGACAAGCGGGGAUAGUACCCGCGCGUCUUGCCCUUUCUAUAAGGAGCUGGACGCCAUCCUUCAGGGUCAACCGUUAUCUCCAUCUCUGAGACAUGAGGAGGAAGCGGACGCGAUAGUCUUGGGCAGCAAAGGACCAGGUACAGGCUUGGCAACAGUGACCUUGAAGGUUAAAAACGACCUUGACCCAGGGUUCCAGCCGUACGAGGCUUGUGUAUCUGUCCCACCGCGGAGCUCCGUGUAUACUCUGCUGCUCCAGGCAUCAGCUAACGACCCCAACUUCACAUUCCAGGCAGAGUACUAUGGAUCUCUUUCAUCCCACAUGAUUACAUCCAUCAACGGUGUGGCAGCCAGCGAGGAAGACAGGACCUUCUGGCGCUUUGAGAACAAGAAGAAAGUCAAGUUUGACCGUGGUGUGGACCUGAUUGGUGUGUUUAAUGAUGAUGUCAUCGUUUUCCGCUUCAAACACUGCGACCCGCCCAGCCCAGACGACCCGCCAUCCGACUGUGACGACUAGAGGGUCUCCUCCAGCAGUUUUACAGAUUCAUGAGAUUCUCUGUGAAUACAGAAAAUAUGAUACAAUGUUUGAGAUACAUUAUGUGGAUACAAUGUUACAUUACAUGUAUGUAGACAAAGGGAUGAGUUCAAGGAGGAUUAAGCAAAGAAAGAAAUACAGCAGGAGUUGGCCACACAAAAUCUAGAGAACAAAGUGGCCUUACUAGAUACAUUUUGUACAUGUACAAGUAUAAUUAUAG